UUCGUUACCUGCAUAUCUCAUAGCUACAAAAUUCAAGAAGAACAGGAACGCACUCAGGUGGAGUAUUUCCGGUAAGCAAAGCACACCAUACAACCAGCGGAAACAACGAUCUUGAUUCUUUCAUCGUUGUCCGUUUUCUCCGGCAAGAUGUCGCUGGUCAUACCGGAAAAGUUUCAACACAUCCUCCGUAUCCUCGGAACCAACAUCGAUGGCAAACGGAAAGUUAUGUUCGCUAUGACGGCGAUCAAGGGUGUCGGACGCCGUUAUGCCAACAUCGUCCUCAAGAAAGCAGACAUUGACCUCGACAAGAGAGCAGGAGAAUGCUCAGAGGAAGAGGUCGAGAAAAUUGUGACAAUCAUGGCAAACCCUAGGCAGUACAAGAUCCCUGAUUGGUUCCUCAACAGACAAAAAGAUAUUGUUGAUGGUAAAUUCAACCAGCUCACUUCCUCCAAUUUGGAUUCUAAGUUGCGUGACGACUUGGAAAGGCUCAAGAAGAUCCGUGCCCACAGAGGCAUGAGGCACUACUGGGGCCUCCGCGUGCGUGGUCAACAUACCAAGACAACUGGACGCCGUGGACGAACUGUGGGAGUUUCCAAGAAGAAGUAGAACUAAAUAAACUGUCCUUUUCCCAA